AGGAGGCGUAUCGCUGCCGCCUUCCCAACCCGCGUCCAUAAUAUCGUAUUCUCAGUGCAUCGAGUUGUUUGUAUAGGGAUGUUUAUUCCCAGAUAGUGCGCCCUACAAACCCAGCGAGGAUUUAUACUGUGUUGUGACUCAGUGUUUGACUUGAACGCAGUUUUGCACAUUUCUUGUGAAAGUGCUGGUCGGUUUGAUGAUUAGCAGCAAGACUAACAACAAUUCUAAUUAGAUUUGAAUGUGACACGUGUGUUAAUUGACACAAAUUCAAAUUUAAAGGAAAUGUUUAUAAAAAUUAUGCUGUGUAAUAUGUGAUCACAACGUAAUUCAGAAGCCAUCGUCAAAAAGAUAAACUUCAAUAAAAUUGCGUAUGGCCGAAAGAUACAACAAGAGUCCUACGGAGGCGUCACCGUACGCUUUUUGGACAUACAAAAAUGUUUGGUUCAACAAUUCUCGUCAAAGCAAUCAGAAAUCGAAAAAUGUUUUAAAAGAUAAGCGUCACAUCACACAAAAAAAUGUUCAUAACACAAAUAUCAAAUCAUUUAACUACGAAAGUGAUAAUAAAAAUGUUAUAGCAAAAGAAUUGCCUGAAAUAGAAGCAAAUAAUUACAAUGAAGAUGAAGAAGUCAGGAAAGACGUGUGGAGUGACAUCGACGAUGACGAAUACAUAGCAGAUUUAAUAAAAUUACGGACUACAAAUGAAGUGAACCGUGAUAAACGUGAUACUAGUGAUAUCAGUGGUAGGGUUGUGAGUAGUGAUAAGGUAGAUUAUAACGACAUGUGGGAAAUAGAGCCCACGGACUUGGAGUGUGACUGUUUGGGGCCUCCUCCGGAAUUCCUGCUGCCUCCACCACCGCGGCCGCCAUUCCUGCAAUCAGAGUAUUAUUGUGGUGACGACCCAAUACCUGAUUUGGAGACGUGCGACACUGAACCAAAGAUAGACGCAUACAAUCACAGCGGGCCGUCGCUCCAGACUUCAGCUGUGAUCGCCCUCUGCUCCAUCGUCCUGGUCCUUGGAGUCCUUAUUGGUGCAAUUCUCGUUUGGAAGCACAAACGGAAAGUGACCAAUCUCCUGCCGUCGAAGUCUUCAGCGCCCAAUCAGGGGUCUCAGCGUCGGGCACCACCUCAAGCUCCUCUAUACGAAGACCUACAGGACUUGCCCAGGAGACCGCCAUUACCGCAUAGACCUGACUUGGAACCUCAACUAGAGAUGGUAGAAACGAAAAGACCCAACUGUCCAGGACGAGUUUUUGUCUGCGGCUCUGGAGGCACUUGGAGAGGAGGUAACUCCUGCGGAGGAGACACAUGUGGAGCCCCGUUAUACGAAGAACUUCCCCACAGAUCCGAUGACUCUCUUCACAGCGACGAUCAUUUCGCAGAAGACGAGUUGAGUUUAGUCGGAGAAGCAGCUCCUUGUAGAACCUGCUCAAGGCCACCCGCUCCCCAAUCCUUACCCCACAGACCUAGACAGCAUCGAAUGGACCGACGACCUAAAUCUUUAGAAAGACGAAGAGCUCAACACAGAAUGCCUCGACAUAUCCAUCCACCAGAUCCUUCCGAAUUUCACGAAGGUGUGUUAUUAGAUGCAUUAUUAAGAUUAUAUCCCCAAGUGGGUACAGUUGGUGCGAGACCUGGGCCUAUGCCAGUUGGAGCUGGGGGAGCAUGGCCUGGUGGAGAAUUGCCUGGAAUCGGGUGCUGGAGAGGACCAAGAGCGUCUCCUAAACCGCCAAGUGGAAAUUCCUCUUUUGGUUCAGACUCUGGUUAUAGCAAUAAUACUUGUGGAACGUGUGGCACGAGGGCUUCAUCGAGACAUCGAUUGUCAGCAGAAAUUCCUAUGUCAUGAACCAACAAGUGACUUUGUGGAUACUUAAGUGAUAUGGUCCUGUGCCAUAAGUGUAUGAGAUAGAUGAACUAUCGUUUUGAAACAGGAAUGAAUUAUUCGCGCAUUUAGUAGUUAAUUUCCUUGGCCUAACUUGAUGAUUUUCAACGUGGCCUGAAAUAUGCCUUCUGUUGUAGACAGUGGACAAAUUAGACGAGCACUGCCUAAUAAAGGACAGAUAACUAUAUGUAGGGACUUUUCUACAGACACUGUACAAAAAUCUAUGAAAGUAGAAGAUUUGGCCCUAUUCCUAUUAGUCGUUUUAUUUGAUAUCACGUUUUGUAAUUUAUUUUCAUUAGCGAAAUGAUUUGUACAAACUCAUGUGACCAUAUUUUAGGUAGUAAUAGCAGUUUCAACCUAGUAAGUUAAUUCAAACUAGUCCUAAAAUUAUCACAUUAAUAUCGAAUUAUGGAAAUGUAAAAAUGGGACGUGUUUUGCGUUCGCGAAAAAUAAUGUUGUAAAUUAAUUUCUCAAUUUGUAGAUAUUGUAAAAAGUAGUUAAAUUAAUGACUUACUUAAGAAGAGCAGUGAGUUGGGUUUUAUAAUCAUAUCAUAUAAUUAAAUUAUUAUUCCGUAAUGAAUUUAAAAAUAUUGAAAUCACACUCUUUCUUUACCGCAUUUAUUUCUCUGGUGCUAAAAUUUGCAUGUAGCAAAACUAAUGCUCUUUUAAUAUAUUUAUUUUUUAAUAGGUAACCUCUUUAUUCUGUUAAGAAUAAUUAUUGCGGUUUCUGUCCGAAAAAAAUAGAAAUAACUUUAACAUUUGUAAUUCAUGUUUGUAUUCAGUAAAUCAGGACAGGAUGCAUAAUUCUACGCAUUUAAUACUGUGUUUUCUUUUUGUAAGUAACUAGGUAUUGAUUUAAUUUCCAGAAAAAAUGUA